AUGAACUCACUGAAUAUCCUUUCGUCUCGAGUCAUUGGCCAGUCUUCGAAUCCGAAGCGUAAUCGCCAGCGAUCUCGUUCUCAAGGGGACAUUGCCCCCGUGAUUGCCCCGGGCGAUCUUGCGAAGUUCCGGUCCUACAGCGAAAGCAACUUCCACGCAACCGAUGCCAACGAAAAGCCCAAUGGGGACCUGUCCCAUGCGCAUGAUGUCGACCACGAUGAGCACACGUUGAACGAAAAGACACCAUUAAUACGAGGACUUCAAAAGGAUCAAUCACUUGCUACAAGGAGCUCAUUGGGCUUAAUUGCGCGGCGGCUGCUUGAGGCGGUUACCGAGACAAUCAAGUUCAUCUUGGAGACAUUGGCCGCGCCCGGCGUUUAUGUAGCUCAAUGCUUUCGAGAUGAGACGGGGACCUACUCGGCUAUUACGCCGGUACGGAAGCUUAAACGCUCUAUAUCCGGCUCUUCAGCAGACAAUCCCGAUACGCCGAGCAAGACUUCUACUCCUACCGAAAGUAAACGCCGGCCCAGCUCUACGAGAAAAUUGAGGAAUCACUCGUCGCGGGAAUCCAUUGCCUCGAGUACUUCCGAGUCGGAAGGGGAUCGUCGGGCGAUGAAGGGACUUACGAGCAGUCGACCGCGCGCCUCGAAGAAGACGCCGAACCAAGACUCCUUGGAUGGAGCUACUCCGCGAAGGUCAAUCCGAAUCAAGUUAAACAAUGAGGAAGCUCUCCAGAGACAAAGACAACGUCGAGCGCGGAGUGCCGACCUUGAUCAUUCGUCACGGAGCGGAUCUCAAGACACCGUCGACCCAGAAAGUCUAAAGUCCCCACCGUCUUCGUCUGUACACAGGGUCACGCGAUACCCUCACUCUCCAGUACCCCCUCGGCCACUAAUCCCUUCUCGUUUACCGUCGUACACAGCUACCGGGCGAAAUGCCGCCAGGCUUCCGCAGAAAACGCUCGUCUUAGACCUGGACGAGACUUUGAUUCAUUCUCUCGCCAAAGGCGGCCGCAUGUCCAGCGGCCACAUGGUUGAAGUGAAGCUAGCAACGCCGAUGACAACUGCGCUAGCCCCAGGCGCACCCCCUACGACCGUCGGACCUCAGCAUCCUAUUUUAUAUUACGUACACAAACGACCUCACUGUGACGAUUUCCUCCGCAAGGUCUGCAAAUGGAGCGAAAGUACUUUCAAGCGCGGUAUUAUCGCCAGCACUGCACGUUUCGAAAUGGCGCCUAUAUCAAGGACCUGA